UUUUUUACAACCGUACACAUGAGUGAGGUGAAGAGCCACUCUAUAACUUAUUACGUAUUCCAAGGUGAUCAUCAUCGGCGAGUAGCACUGAACUGUUCAUUAUAUAAAAAGUACAAUGCUUACCAAACGCUUGACCACUGGUGUACCAAAGAUUUUCAAACGCAACAUUGGUAUUGUUGCACCUGCAUGGAAGCAAGCAAGUGAUCCAAUCCAACAACUGUUUCUUGACAAAGUUCGUGAAUAUAAACAAAAGAGCGCUGGUGGAAAAUUAGUUGAUCCCACACCCGAAACCGAAAAGGAAGCCAAAACUGAACUUGAGAGGCUUGCUAAACAGUUUGGUUCUAUGGACAGACGUGCCAUGGCAGAAUUUCCCAAAAUAUCUUUCAAAGAACCAAAAAUAGAACCUUAAAUAGAACUGAAUGAAAUACACAUGAUUAGAACAGAUGUAUUGAAAUUGUUACAUAUAAUAUUAAGCAAUCAAUUGUAAAAAUAUACAUGUGAAAUUGUAUAUACAGGUGUAAAUUAAAUACCAUCUUCCCUGAA